AUGAGCAGAAGCCUGGAUUCGGAGGAGGUCUUCGACGGGGUCCGCUUUCCAGGGUACAUUCACACCCCUGAGUCCCUGCAGGCCGCCUGCAGCUUCCAGUUCCAGGACACAGACGUCCUGUUGGUGACAUUCCCCAAGUCAGGUACCACAUGGAUGCAGCAGAUCCUGAGUCUCAUCUUCUGCAAGGGUGACCUGUGGCCCAUCCACCACCGCCCCAACUGGGCACGCAUGCCCUGGCUGGAACACAUCUCCUUCCAAGGCUUCCUGGCCCAAUGGGACCCCGCCCAGCCCCGCCUACUCACCACUCACUUGCAUGCCAAGGCUCUGGCUCCUGCCCUGAAGAAGUCCAAGGCCCGGGUGGUGUACGUGGCGCGGCACCCCAAGGAUGUGCUGGUCUCCUUCUACCACUUCCACAGAAUGGCCAGCUUCCUGCCAGACCCCAGCUCCUUCCAGGACUUUAUGGAUGAGUUCCUCCAGGGCACAGGCUUCUACAGCUCCUGGUUUGACCAUGUCAAAGGAUGGCUGAGCCUCCUGCAGGACCUCAACAUGCUGCUCAUUACUUACGAGGAACUGCACCAGGAGCCCAGGAGCACCCUCCAGAAGCUCACCCGGUUCCUGGGGCACCCGCUGAGCCCCCAGGAGGAGGACGUGGUCCUGUGCCACAGCAGCUUCGCCUUCAUGAGCCAGAGCAGCGUGACCAACUACAGCCUGGUGCCCAGAGAGGUCAUGGACCCGGCGCGGAGCAGCUUCAUGCGCAAAGGUGUUGUUGGGGACUGGCAGGAGCACUUCACACCAGAACAGAAUGCCAAGUUCAAUGCUGUGUACCAAGCCCAGAUGGGAGACUGCGGCCUUCACCUGCCCUGGACCAUGGACUGA